GUUGGGUUGAUGCUGUGUGGGAUUUUGAAUUCACUGAAACUGAACCACUGGAUGCUGCCAUUGUCAUAAAAAAUGGAUCCAAGGAUUUCAAAAUGUUGUACAGGCACCUGCUACCCUAUAUGAUGGACACUGAGGUGUCCACUGUAGGAACUGAUGGCACAUCACAAGUAAGAACUGUUUUAGUAAAAGAGUUUAGCUUGCAAAUUGCAUUGUCUUUUCUGUUUAGCUGUCCCUAACGUCAAGUACUUGUAGCAUACUCCUUUAAAGCUGUAAUUGUAAUGUUGAAACUGCCAGGUCCAUUUGGGAUAUUACAACAACAAAGAAGUUACUGCAAACAGUGGGGUGUACAUCUACAUUAUAAUAAAAAAUGGUGCAGUGGAGGCCACGAUUUAGCAGCGCGGUGCGCCACUGCUAAAUGCGUAUAGGGGAAACACUGAAUGAUUAUGAUAAUUUACAGAUGGGUUUGAAUUGAAAGUUGGGAACUUUUCGGUUACAGAGAAGCAAUCCAUAGAAUGUACUCUGAUUCAUCAUCAAUCAAUCAAUUUUAUUUUAUAUAGCCCUUCUUACAUCAGCUAAUAUCUCGAAGUGCUGUACAGAAACCCAGCCUAAAACCCCAAACAGCUAGUAAUGCAGGUGUAGAAGCACGGUGGCUAGGAAAAACUCCCUAGAAAGGCGAAAACCUAGGAAGAAACCUAGAGAGGAACCAGGCUAUGAGGGGUGGCCAGUCCUCUUCUGGCUGUGCCGGGUGAAGAUUAUAACAGAACCAUGCCAAGAUGUUCAAAAAUGUUCAUAAGUGACAAGCAUGGUCAAAUAAUAAUCAGGAAUAAAUCUCAGUUGGCUUUUCAUAGCCGAUCAUUAAGAGUUGAAAACAGCAGGUCUGGGACAGGUAGGGGUUCCAUAACCGCAGGCAGAACAGUUGAAACUGGAAUAGCAGCAAGGCCAGGCGGACUGGGGACAGCAAGGAGUCACCACGGCCGGUAGUCCCGACGUAUGGUCCUAGGGCUCAGGUCUCUCAGUUGGCUUUUCAUAGCCGAUCAUUAAGAGUUGAAAACAGCAGGUCUGGGACAGGUAGGGGUUUCGUAACCGCAGGCAGAACAGUUGAAACUGGAAUAGCAGCAAGGCCAGGCGGACUGGGGACAGCAAGGUGUCAUCAUGCCCGGUAGUCCUGACGAUAUAUCAUCCCCCUGAUUCCGUGAUUGUAUUUUUAGAGUGUCUGGACAGUGUUCGGUGACAAUGGGGUCUCUGUCAAGUCACUUGUGGCGGUGCUGUCGUACUUUGUCCUGGGAGGGAAGUCCAAAACAGCCAGCGUUGAGCAAAGGAUAAGCGCUCUUCAGGCAUCCUCCCUCUACGUACUGCUACUGGGAAUCCCAGGUAUGUUCUGUACUAAGUAAAAUUCAGAACCAUGUUUGAUUAGGACCUAAUGUGGACAGGUGAAAAUAAUUUCCUGUGUGCUGGAGGUUACUCUGUGAAUGUGUGUUUACUCCGGUCUGUCUAUUGGUCUUGCCUUUCUGUUUGUCUUCCACAGGUAGUGUGGUCAACAAAGUGUUCCACCAAAUCCUCUUCGACACUUGCUUGAACACCGUGAGCAACUGUUGGCCCCAGAGCUUGGUCAAGAAGCGCAAGAAAGACUCCCUGAAGAGUUCUCAGGCUGACGGGAAACGGUCCAAACCUCACAGGAAAGACAAGGACAAUGACGAGGUUUGUCACAGAUACACUGGAAAUACUCCAUUGCCUUUAUGUCCAGGCAUUUCUCUGUUUUCAUACUUGGGGCUGUCUUAUCUUACACAAUCUUGUAUAAUGACACUGAUCAAAUCUCAAAGAUCUUUCAAUUUUGCCAAGGUUACUCAUCUUGUUAAUUCUAAAGUGUCUUUGUCUCUCACUCAACAGAUGGAAGUAGAUGAGGAUGAGGAACAGGAGGAGGAGGUCCAUUUGUCUCCCCAGGACCUCCUGAAGAUCAGAGAGGGAGUCGUCCUCCUGGUGAAAAGCCUCCUCCGGCUCCUCCUAAAAUUUCCCUUGAAGGACGAGCCACAGAGUGCAGACAACUGUGUACAGGUACUGCUGGAUAGUGCUGGUAUCUAUAGGCUAGGUGGUUUUGACCUCGCUGUCUAUUGAAAUGUUGAGCAGUGACACCAUUCAAAACUGAAUCUUCUUUGUCAACUUUAGAUGUUCGCCAAGCUGACUAACUUUGAGCCUGUUAUUGGAGAAUUGACCUUUGGUGCUGGACAGUAAGUACACAGACAUACACACAAUCUAUUAUUCUUUGUGAACUUGAAUAUUUUCAACAUGAUUUUUCAUUUAUUUAUUUACUCUGUUUAUUUUGUAAAAAACGUUAUUGAUCUGUGUCCAGGGAUAUCGAUGACAUGAGGACAAUGCCUGAGUUGGCCUAUUACGGAUUGUGGUUACUCUGCUCCUCCAAUCAUGGGGAUGAGAAAGUGGUAUUGAGGAAAAUACAUCUACAACACAACUUUCUUGGUCAAAACAUUGCUAUCUGUCUGCUAUCUGCAUUGGUACAGACUUACUACCGUAAUGAGUUUAAGCUCUGGUUCUUUGUUGUUGAAUAGUAAAGUUGAAUUGACUUGUCUCCCCAGUCUCUGCGCCGGGUGUUCCACAGAGUCCUCUAUGUGAUCCUCAUGAUGAGCAAAGGGGAAAGUGGCAAGCCCUCCCUCAUGAUGCCCACCCAAGCUGUCCUCGCUGCCCGGGUCCAGGCCAUCGGCUUUGUCAGGUAAGGAAUGGCAGUUUACGACAUGAAUCAAUAAACACAGGUGGUAUUCAUUUGGUCCUGGUGGGUGAGGGCUGUGUGGUAUGUGAAUUGGAGUGGGUCCAGGGUGUCUGGGAUGAUGGUGUUGAUUUGACCUAUGACCUGCCUUUCAAAGCAUUUCAUGGCUUUAGAUUUGAGCGCUACCGGGCGAUAGUCAUUUUCCUUGGUGUUCUUGGGCACGGGGACUAUGGUGGUCUGCUUGAAACAAGUUGGUAUUACAGACCGGGUCAGGGAUAAUGUCAUUGAAGACACUUGCCAGCUGGUCAGUGCAUGCUCUGAGUACUCAUCCUGAAUUCCAUCUGGCCCGCAGCCUUGCGAAUGUUAACCUGUUUAAAGGUCUUAUUCACAUCGGUUAAUAAGGCUGAUGGAACAGAUCUCACAGUUUUCCGGAACAGCUGGUGCUAUCAUUCAUGGUUCAGUGUUACUUGCCUUGACGCGAGCAUAGAAGGAAUUUAGCUCGUCUGGUAGGCUCGCGUUGCUGGCAGCUCACGGCUGGGUGGCUCGCGGCUGGGUUUCCCUUUGUAAUCAUUGAUAGUUUGCAUGCCCUGCCACAUUCGUCAAGCGUCAGCCGGCGUAGUAUGAUUCGAUGUUAGUCCUGUAUUGAUGCUUUGCCUGUUUGAAGGCUUGUCGUAGGUCUUAGCAGGAUUUCUUAGAAGCGUCCGGAUUAGUGUCCUUGAAAGCGUCAGCUAGCUUUUGGCUCAGUGCGGAUAUUGCCUGUAAUCCAUGGCUUUUGAUUGCGGUAUAUACAUACGUACUUACGGUCACUGUGGGGAUGACAUCGUCAAUGCACAUAUUAAUGAAGCCGGUGACUGAUGUGGUAAACUCCUCAAUGUUAUUGGAUGAAUCCCGAAACAUAUUCCAGUCUUUGCUAGCGGAACAGUCCUGUAGCUUAGCACCGCUUCAUCGGACCAUUUCCGUAUUGAACGUGUCACUGGUACAUCCUAUUUGACUUUUUGCUUGUAAGUUUGAAGUAGGAGGAUAGAGUUAUGGUCUGAUUUGCCAAAGGAAUGGCGGGGGAGGGCCUUGUAUGCAUUUCUUUGUGUGGAGUGAAAGUGAUCUAGAGGUUUGUCACCUCUAGUUGCACAUAUGACAUGCUGGUAACAAGGUAAAACGGAUGUCAGUUUCCCUGCAUUAAAAUCCCUGGCCACGAGAAACGCUGCCUCUGAAUGUGCAUUUUUCUUGUUUGCUUAUGGUGAAGGCAAUAUGGUGGUCGGAUGUAACUCACUGGUGGUCGGAUAUCACCUGGGAGUAUUUGGUUCUACCUGUUCCGUUCUUCACAUCAGUACAGACAAAGAAUUAUGUGGAUCGGAAGCUACUUUCAUUUGGGAUGCACCGAUAAUGUUUAAAACAUAAACAUGCACUCCUGAGCUCUGUUGGAGCGUAGGGGUUGAUGCGGUAGGGCAGGGGUUCCUAAACCUUUUCACUCCCCCUUCCAGCAAUGGAACAUUCCGCUCCGCCUCCGUGCAUGCGCCCAAUGUCUAUUUCUAUCGGCACAAGCACUGUUCACACCCCUUGCACAUUUUGCAGGUUUAAAGCCCAUUUCCUGUAAUUCUAUACAUGUCUAAUGUGUAUUCAUGUGAUAUUUGAGUGACUCAAACAUUGCAACAAAAUCUAUGGGCUAACCAACCUAGCUAAAAAACUUCAGCUGACAUGGGCUAGUUGAUCUAGACCAGGGGUGUCAAACGUACGGCCCGCGGGCCGGAUCAGGCCCGCAAACGGGUUUAAUCCGGCCCGCGAGAUGAUUAAAAAAGAUUUUUAAAGUAUAAAAAUGCGCUGCAAUUUUUCUAUAAAAUAAACCGCUGUUCCAAUUGCGUCCACUGGAUGGCGCAAUAGCAAUUGUGUUAAGCAAGCAAACUGUUUAUACCGGGGCAGAGCAAGUAGGUCAAGCACGUGCAGCCAAUGAGCUACUUUGUUUUGCCUGCGAUAUUUAUUACGGCUUCUACUUUUAACAUUAUGUGCUUUGGCACCCUCAUUGCCCCAAUAUGUCUCUGUCAAAAAAGAGAAAAGUGGACGCAGAGUGCAGAGUGUUCCAAGAAAAAUGGUCAUCCUAUUUAAUCACGGAAUUGAAUGGGAAAGCUGUAUGUUUGGUGUGUUCAGAGAAUGUUGCAGUGCUGAAAGAAUAUAACCUUCGUCGCCACUGUGAGUCUUCAUGCCGACAAAUAUGACAACUUUCAAGGACAGCGGAGAUGAGAGAAGGUGAAUGAACUGUUGGCGGGUCUGAAGAAACAGCAGUCUGUGUUUACUCACAGCCGAGACAUCAGUGACGCUGCAGUGAAAGCUAGCUACCUCAUUGCUAAUGAAAUCGCAGUGGCUUCAAAACCAUUUAGUGAGGGUGAAUUUGUAAAAACAUGCAUGAUGAAGGCAGCGGAGAUUGUGUGCCCUGAAAAGCGGAAGGCUUUUGCAAAUAUCAGCCUGACAAGAAACACAGUUGCAGACAGGAUUUCCGAUCUUUCAGUGGAUUUGGACAGCCAGUUGAAGCAAAAAGUAAAGUAAUUUAUUGCGUUUUCGGUUGCAAUUGAUGAAAGCACGGACAUUACAGAUGUUGCACAACUGGCCAUUUUUUCAUCCGCGGAGUUGAUGACACAUUGACCGUCACCGAGGAGUUCGUGGAGUUGGUGCUGAUGACAGAUACAACGACAGCAGCUGAUAUUUUUACCGCACUUGUCGGCGUGCUGGACAGGGUCGGAGUGGACUGGUCCCGCGCUGUCAGCCUGGCUACAGAUGGUGCGCCCUCAAUGAUCGGGAAAAAAGCAGGCGUUGUGACAAAGUUCAGAGAGAAAGUGCAAUCUGCAAAUGGAGGACGUGAUUUUUUGACUUUUCACUGUAUUUUGCACCAGGAGGCUUUGUGUUGCAAGUCAUUAAAGAUGGAUAACGUCAUGAAGGUGGUCAUCCAAACUGUUAAUUUCAUCCGAUCCAGAAGCCUGAAUCACCGUCAGUUUGACAGCCUUCUCAGAGAGAAAGACCACAUCUAUGGCCUGCCAUACCACACUGAGGUAAGAUGGUUAAGCCGAGGUGCUGUGCUGAGGCGUUUCUUUGAUUUACGAGAAGAAAUUGAACAGUUCAUGGAAGAAAAGGGCAAACCAGUGUUAGAAUUUCAUUCCGCAGAAUGGAUGCCGGACCUUGCAUUUAUGGUGGAUGUUACAGAGCACCUGAAUAACUUGAACAAACAGCUGCAAGGGCGCAACAAAGUUGUCACGCAGUAUUAUGACAGCAUACGUUCUUUCAAGUUGAAGCUGUCAUUGUGGGAGACGCAACUUGCCGGUGGUGAUGCAGCUCACUUCCCCUGUCUGAAAAAUGUGUGCGCGACCCAACAUGUGGCAGACAUGAAGCGGUUCAAAGAUAAAAUAACUGGACUGUUACGGGAGUUUGAGCAACGCUUUCAGAUUUAUGUUUAUAUGUUUUUAUGUUGAUGUGCUAUUGUUUUUAAUUGAUUUUAUUUUAUUUGUAUAUUUAACCUAUUCUUGACUCUGUGGUUCUUGCACUUGUUUGGGGAACAGGAUUUCAUUAUUUUUAUCUACAUUUCUGCCUGAGAAAUGACACCCUGAUAUAGUUCUGUGAUCUGUGAAACAGUUCUGUUAAUCACUGAGGCAUUGUGUGUUUGUGUGUUCUUUUUCUUUAGAAUUUUCAAAUAAACUUGACAUGUUUUAUGAUUAAUAGUGAUGUUGUGCUUGUACUAUUUUGGACACACUGUCCUCAGGCUCCAGCUUUAUGUUGUAUGUUGAUCGUAUUAAAACAAAGAAAACAAUCUGAAGUUGUUGUUUUUAAGUUAUAUAUACCAUGAUUUUUCCGGUCCGGCCCACUUGGGAAUAGAUUUUCCUCCAUGUGGCCCCUGAGCUAAAAUGAGUUUGACACCCCUGAUCUAGACAUUUAUGACAAGUUAUAAAUGGCUCUCUAAGGUAUGCAAUGACUGACAUGACGAGGAAAACUUAUGAUGCACUACCUAAUUUUGAAAUUGCGACUUGUACUUUCUACUAUUACAACUUUCAAGAAUAAGUUGAAAGCCGGACUGAGUUCCUUCACAUUUUUUUUUCUCCAAAUGUAUUAAAUUGUUUUUGGGGGGGGAUCCUCGUGCCCUGCCUGGCGCGCCCCACAGUUUUGGAACGACUGCGAUAGGGGAUCAGUUUGUUUUCCCCUCUACCUGUAUGUAUGUAGAAUCUUUAACCCCCCUCAAAAAAAACAACAUAAUAAAAUAAUAACAUGCACUCCUGUAUGGACUUAUAGAACCCUUGAAGUUUUUUGUUUGCAGUUUGAAAUGCAUAUCGCUAGGUGCUGUAACGGAUCUCACCCUAUGUGUCUCAUCAUAGUCACGUUGUUGAUGAACUGAAAGAGCCAGCACUGCCAUUCCUACGGAUCCUCCUGCAGCACAUAUGCUUCCGGGUAAAACUACAUUAACUUGAAAAUGAAAUCCAUACAAUUGAGUCAAUUCAGAACUAAUUCAAGCUCUCAAAGAGAAUUUACUCAUAAAGACAUUGGAUCACAUUAGAUAAUAGCUUUGUCCUGGCAUGGAUUUUCCAGAUGGUGGACAAGACAGACUACCGUACGCAUGGGGCCCAGGCCGUGGCCAAGCUGCUGACCAAAAUGCCCUGUGCAGACUACAUGUCAUUUAUCAAGUGGUUGUUUGAUUACUCCAGACAAUCAAAGGUAAGCUCUGUCACGUAUGACUUAGUUGGGCUUUGAGCUGUUGGCUUUGAACUGCACCUGAACUUGGUCUAAUCUUUCUGCUGUCUUCCCCCAGGUGGCGUACCGGAUGUUUGCUCUGGACGUGGCCAUGGCUCUGCUGGAACAGCCAGAGAGGGAAGCAAAUGAAAAUGUGGACCCAGAACUAGUCUCCUUCCUGCCCCACAGGUUCCUGGUCCACAACAUGGUGUUUGGCCGUCGCUCAGACGCUUCGCCCACAGUCCGAGGCCACGCCCUCACCUGCCUGUCCCAGUGCCUGGAGCUGCCCUCCAUGAACGCCACACGCAGCGUCAAAGAGCUCUUCUCCACCAGUGAGAGUCACACACACAUUCACUCUCACACAAACAAACACGUAUGCAUGUAUGUGCACAUGCACAAAUCACCGAAUACUAGUUGCAUACUAAACUGUAGUUUGUCAUUUCUAUCAAUUUUAGCAUCUGCGCAGACUGUCUUGGAGGUUGACGGAUCUGAUGGUAAUCUCUACAACAGCUUUAAAUCCAGUAAUACAGUUGGAUAUUUUUGUUGAUGUAUUCUUUCUUUCAUUGUACAAACUCAAUGUGCCCUGCUCCUUUCCUUUUUUAGGCACUUUAAAUUCACAGACCACCCAAAAAACUUUCAAGACUUUACCUUUCAAGACUAUUGAGAUCACAAACAAUGACAAUGCAAGUUUUGAGUGUAAGUCUAUCUUUUUAUUUUUUUAAGGCUUUUUAGUUAUUUAGUCAAACCAUUGUUAGGUAGGACAUGAUUUCAGUAUUUGAUGGUAAUGUGAUGCUUGUGUUUUCUUUAGCAAAGGACACAAUGGCUUUACUGAAGCGCCGUGUGAGUGACCCAAAGACCAAUGUGAGGAAGUGUGCACUGCAGGUAAGUACUUCAAUGUCUUUGUUUAAUGUGUGUACUGUUAAUGUGUAUGCCAUUAACCAUCUUGAGUCAAUUUCUGCGGCCCUGGGAAGUGGAAUUAGCAUAAUAAAAAAAUCCCCAUUUAAGAAAUCUCUGUUAGCAAUAUCUGGCUUUUUGCAUGGGCUGCGUCUCAAUUCACUGCAUCCGCCGAAAUCAGUGAAAGGUGGCAGAGCUACAGUGGUGUUUCAGACCAUGAGACGUCCCAAAAAUCGGUCUUCUCAAGAAAACAUCUGUAGCGUCCGAAGGGUUUGGCCUAUACACUUUUAUGACCCCUUUAUGGAAAGGUGAGACUCUUGAACACGUGCUCUAGGACGCUCACAAGACUCGCCUGAAGGUAGCCUGGUACCAGUUUUAAAACAUGAAUGAAAGUAUAUAUGGAAGUAGUUUAGUGCCUACAAAAAUGGGGUUAAAUAUGUCUGUCUAUGUUUCCUGAUCUUUCUUUUCUCAGAUAUAGGACAGACACUUCAAAACAAACUUCCCCUAAGAUUUCUUUGGGGACAGUUUUUCCAUGUAUGACUCUGUUAUUCAUUGCAUUUAUAUGGGCUAAUAGCAGUAAGGCCAAAUUCAAUGUUUAAUCAAAUAAUAAUAAAAAAUACCUGAAGGGGUCCUAGCAUUCAAAAUCAAAUAUCUAAAUGAUUCUUGGUAUGACCAUAAUACAAUUCAAAAUGUUAGCUUAGUAGAACCACCUCCCCCAAAGGGUUAAAACACAGAUUGUGGAACGCACAUUUCUUGCUUGUUACUCUUUGCACCUGCUGGGGCAAUAGAAGGUGUGCAAAUACGACCAACCCCCUCUUUUAAAAAAAUCUCACCAACCCUCACUGUGUCCAGGCGAUGAUGGGCCUGCUGAAGCACAACGUGAUCAUGCUCAGUGAGGAGAACCUGGCUGUGCUGUCGGAGCGCACCCGUGACCCCGCCCUGUCUGUCAAGAAGAAGGCCCUGCAGUGCCUCAUGGACCUCCUCGCUGUGAGUAGCUAGCUCUGUCUGUCUGUCUGGGUGGCACUGCUCACUGCCUGGCCUUCCACUACCCUCUAGUUCAUGGUACUGUUGGGGGUACUUGAGGACUGGAGUUGGGAAACACUGCCCUAGUCUAGUUGAGCUUCUGCCAUAUUGUUAAUGAGCAGAUCAACGCUUCCAUCCUAUUCAUCUAUGGCGCUUCCAUGGUCCAGGAAACCGGCUCAUAAGGUCUAGGAGCCUUGUAGAUCCCUCUCUAUCUCUGGCCAGUAUAGCCAACUUCAGUCAUUCACAAUCACUCUCCUCUGUUCUUUUUUCUUUCCUCCAUAUUUUUCUCAUGUCACCCGUGUCUGUGCCUACCCCUCCACUCAGGUCCACCCAGAGAACAGCCUGGUACAGAAGGCGUGGCUGCGGGGCGUGGUGCCGGCCGUGGUGGACGUAGAGAGCUCGGUCCAGGAGAAGGCCCUGGAGUGCCUAGAGCAGACCAUCCUCAGCCAGGUGAAGAGCCACGGCUCCUACAGCUACAAGGACGCCCAGCAGACACUGACCUGGGACCUGCUGGGCCUGCUGUGUGACCUCUGCCAGGACCUCGGGUAGGUGCACUUUCAUGCUGCUUUCGGGGACUUCAUGUUAAUUAAAGUGCACCUCCCCACAGCCAAUAUUAUAUUAAAUAUGUAUUAAUCAUACAUCUAACAUUCAAACAAAAAUUUGACCUGAACAAUUAACUUCCAUAGUGUAUCUAAGUUUAUUUUAUUAAACCUUUGCAUUCCUCAUCCUCUACAGCCGGUACUUCAGCAGGGCCUUCACAGUGUGGUCCAAGCAGAACAAGUUCACCGCAGCCUUCAUCAACGACCUCAUCUCUCACACGGAGGCGGAGCACGCGGCCGGGGCGUGGCUACUGCUCUCUAAAGUUGCCAGCUCUUGCCCCCGACUCGACUACGGAAAGAUCUUGGACGCCUGGGACGACCUGGUCAGGUCAGUGUGGAUCAGGCUAUUGAGAAAUAUAUCUUACAGUAUUUAUGAUCUUUUUGUAAAUAAAUGUAUCCGACCCUCUCUCUGGCCAUGUCUUAAUACUAAAACAAUGCAUCCUUUCUUCCUCCCUUCCUUGAAGUAUUUCCUGACCUUAGACAACGUGAUGGGUGAAAAGAGGUUUCACAACAUGGCUUUCACCAAUCCAGUCACUAUACAGACUGUUCAUUAUGUCAAGAAAGGGAGGCUGUGUAUUUUCAAACAGCCCCUCUCCUGUGUUUGUCAUGUUUUAUUUUCUAGGUCAAAGAAUGUCACAGUGACAACAUCCUGCCACAUCCUGUGCGUGAUCGGGGACAUCGGCGAGCAUCUGAACGAAGACACCAAGAGCAGGAUUGUCGGUGGGUGUCUAAGUUGCUUUGAAUGGGAUUACACAGGAGGAGCUGUCAAGAUGGCUCCUUCCAGGACAUAAAAUGAACACCUGCCAAAUGCGGCUAGAUUUAGCUAUUGGCGGGUGAGAAUGUGUAUUUCACCAGCCACAUUGGCGGAUGGUCAAUUUGCAGGGCUCUACAGUGCGAGCAUUACAUUCGCGAAUAAAAAAUAUUAAAAAGUAAAGUAUGAGCACAUGUGAGUUGCAGUUUUUCUGCCAUUUUGUUUCAUAUCUGCUAAUCGUACAAAUAAAUAUGCAUCCUAUAUCCUACCUCAUGCAGCAAUACUGCCUGGCAGAGGAGCUGUGCGUACUGAGUGAAGUGCUGAUAUAUUUAGUUUUGGAGGUGCUGCGCACAAGCAUAAAAGUUGGUCUAAUUUACUCAAGUUUACAAAUUGAGACUUUUUCCAAGUGUCUCUUGGCUAUUUAAAUUGUUUUGUUCACAAGCUCGGUUGUUUUUCAAUGUUAUUUUGAGUCUGCUGCUUCAGCUGAUAGCGAAGAGACGCCCUAGUCAGAUCUCAAAUCUAACACAUGACAACUGGAGUGGCCAAGUUACCAUGGUAACAUCCUGCCCUUAAAGGGGCAGCUGAAUAUUUUGUCUCAUCUGAUAUUUUUGUUAAAAGACUCGGGUCACAAAAAAAUAAUAUAAAAUUGCAUUAUACCACAUUAAUUCUUACUAAUACAAUUCUUGUUUUAGAAACAUUACAAAGUAUGGUUGUCUGUUUUUUGAUGUAAUUAUGUCAAAAAUAUUUUAGCUGGUAAAGAAAUCUGAGUGGCUGGUGUCUGUGUGUGUAUAUAUAUAUAUAUAUAUAUAUAUAUAUAUAUAUAUAUAUAUAUAUAUAUAUAUAUAUAUAUAUACACACACACACACACACACACACAGUGGGGGAAAAAAGUAUUUAGUCAGCCACCAAUUGUGAAAGUUCUCCCACUUAAAAAGAUGAGAGGCCUGUAAUUUUCAUCAUAGGUACACGUCAACUAUGACAGACAAAUUGAGGGGGAAAAAAUUCAGAAAAUCACAUUGUAGGAUUUUUUAUGAUUUUAUUUGCAAAUUAUGGUGGAAAAUAAGUAUUUGGUCACCUACAAACAAGGAAGAUUUCUGGCUCUCACAGACCUGUAACUUCUUCUUUGAGGCUCCUCUGUCCUCCACUCGUUACCUGUAUUAAUGGCACCUGUUUGAACUUGUUAUCAGUAUAAAAGACACCUGUCCACAACCUCACAGUCACACUCCAAACUCCACUAUGGCCAAGACCAAAGAGCUGUCAAAGGACACCAGAAACAAAAUUGUAGACCUGCACCAAGCUGGGAAGACUGAAUCUGCAAUAGGUAAGCAGCUUGGUUUGAAGAAAUCAACUGUGGGAGCAAUUAUUAGGAAAUGGAAGACAUACAAGACCACUGAUAAUCUCCCUCGAUCUGGGGCUCCACGCAAGAUCUCACCCGUGGGGUCAAAAUGAUGACAAGAACGGUGAGCAAAAAUCCCAGAACCACACGGGGGGACCUAGUGAAUGACCUGCAGAGAGCUGGGACCAAAGUAACAAAGCCUAACAUCAGGAACACACUACGCCGCCAGGGACUCAAAUCCUGCAGUGCCAGACGUGUCCCCCUGCUUAAGCCAGUACAUGUCCAGGCCCGUCUGAAGUUUGCUAGAGUGCAUUUGGAUGAUCCAGAAGAGGAUUGGGAGAAUGUCAUAUGGUCAGAUGAAACCAAAAUAGAACUUUUUGGUAAAAACUCAACUCGUCGUGUUUGGAGGACAAAGAAUGCUGAGUUGCAUCCAAAGAACACCAUACCUACUGUGAAGCAUGGGGGUGGAAACAUCAUGCUUUGGGGCUGUUUUUCUGCAAAGGGACCAGGACGACUGAUCCGUGUAAAGGAAAGAAUGAAUGGGGCCAUGUAUCGUGAGAUUUUGAGUGAAAACCUCCUUCCAUCAGCAAGGGCAUUGAAGAUGAAACGUGGCUGGGUCUUUCAGCAUGACAAUGAUCCCAAACACACCGCCCGGGCAACGAAGGAGUGGCUUCGUAAGAAGCAUUUCAAGGUCCUGGAGUGGCCUAGCCAGUCUCCAGAUCUCAACCCCAUAGAAAAUCUUUGGAGGGAGUUGAAAGUCUGUGUUGCCCAGCGACAGCCCCAAAACAUCACUGCUCUAGAGGAGAUCUGCAUGGAGGAAUGGGCCAAAAUACCAGCAACAGUGUGUGAAAACCUUGUGAAGACUUACAGUAAACGUUUGACCUGUGUCAUUGCCAACAAAGGGUAUAUAACAAAGUAUUGAGAAACUUUUGUUAUUGACCAAAUACUUAUUUUCCACCAUAAUUUGCAAAUAAAUUCAUAAAAAAUCCUACAAUGUGAUUUUCUGGAUUUUUUUCUCUCCAUUUUGUCUGUCAUAGUUGACGUGUACCUAUGAUGAAAAUUACAGGCCUCUCUCAUCUUUUUAAGUGGGAGAACUUGCACAAUUGGUGGCUGACUAAAUACUUUUUUUCCCCACUGUAUGUGUAUAUGUGUGUGUGUGUGUGUGUGUAUAUAUACAGUUGAAGUCGGAAGUUUGCAUACACUUAGGUUGGAGUCAUUAAAACUAGUUUUUCAACGACUCCACUAAUUUCUUGUUAACAAACUAUCGUUUGGCAAGUCAGUUAGGACAUCUACUGUGUGUAUGACACAAGUCAUUUUCCCAACAAUUGUUUACAGACAGAUUAUUUCACUUAUAAUUCACUGUAUCACAAUUCCAGUGGGUCAGAAGUUUACAUACACUAAGUUGACUGUGCCUUUAAACAGCUUGGAAAAUUCCAGAAAAUGAUUUCAUGGCUUUCGUAGCUUCGGAUAGGCUAAUUGACAUCAUUUGAGUCAAUUGGAGGUGUGCCUGUUGAUGUAUUUCAAGGCCUACCUUCAAACUCCGUGCCUCUUGGCUUGACAUCAUGGGAAAAGCAAAAUAAAUCAGCCAAGACCUCAGAAAUAGAAUUGUAGACCUCCACAAUUCUGGUUCAUCCUUGGGAUCAAUUUCCAAACGCCUGAAGGUACCACGUUCAUCUGUAAGUAUAAACACCAUGGGACCACGCAGCCGUUAUACCGCUCAGGAAGGAGACGGGUUCUGUCUCCUAGAGAUGAACGUACUUUGGUUCGAAAAGUGCAAAUCAAUCCCAGAACAACAGCAAAGGACCUUGUGAAGAUGCUGGAGGAAACCAGUACAAAAGUAUCUAUAUCCACAGUAAAACGAGUCCUAUAUCGACAUAACCUGAAAGGCUGCUCAGCAAGGAAGAAGCCACUGCUCCAAAACCGCCAUAAAAAAGCCAGACUACAGUUUGCAACUGCACAUGGGGACAAAGAUCGUACUUUUUGGAGAAAUGUCCUCUGGUCUGAUGAAACAAAAUAGAACUGUUUGGCCAUAAUGACCAUCGUUAUGUUUGGAGGAAAAGGGGGGGGGGGCUUGCAAGCAGAAGAACACCAUCCCAACUGUGAAGCACGGGGGUGGCAGCAUCAUGCUGUGGGGGUGCUUUGCUGCAGGGGGGACUGGUGCACUUCACAAAAUAGAUGGCAUCAUGUGGAAGGAAAAUUAUGUGGAUAUAUUGAAGCAACAUCUCAAGACAUCAGUCAGGAAUUUAAAGCUUGGUCGCAAAUGGGUCUUCCAAAUGGACAAUGACCCCAAGCAUACUUCCAAAGUUGUGGCAAAAUGGCUUAAGGACAACAAAGUCAAGGUAUUGGAGUGGCCAUCACAAACCCCUGACCUCAAUCCGAUAGAAUAUUUGUGGGCAGAACUGAAAAAGUGUGUGCGAGCAAGGAGGCCUACAAACCUGACUCCGUUACACCAGCUCUGUCAGGAGGAAUGGGCCAAAAUUCAUCAAACAUUUGACCCAAGUUAAACAAUUUAAAGGCAAUGCUACCAAAUACUAAUUGAGUGUAUGUAAACUUCUGACCCACUGGGAAUGUGAUGAAAGAAAUAAAAGCUGAAAUAAAUCAUUCUCUCUACAAUUAUUCUGACAUUUCACAUUCUUAAAAUAAAGUGGUGAUCCUAACUGACCUAAGACAAGGAAUUUUUACUAGGAUGAAAUGUCAUUAAUUGUGAAAAACUGAGUUUAAAUGUAUUUGGCUAAGGUGUAUGUAAACUUCCGACAUAAACUGUAUACAGUGCUGUGAAAAAGUAUUUGCCCCCUUUCAAAUUUUCUCUACUUUUGCAUAUUUGUGAUACUGAAUGUUAUCAGAUCUUCAACCAAAACCUAAUAUUAGAUAAAAGGGAACAUAAGUGAACAAAUAACACAACAAUUACAUAUGUAUUUUAUUUAUUUCAUAAAGUUAUGCAACACCCAAUUCCCCUGUGUGAAAAAGUAAUUGCCCCCUUACACUCAAUAACUGGUUGUGCCACCUUUAGCUACAAUGACUCCAACCAAAUGCUUCCUGUAGUUGUUGAUCAGUCUCUCACGUCGCUGUGGAGGAAUUUUGGCCCAGUCUUCCAUGCAGAACUGCUUUAACUCAGUGACGUGUGGGUUUUCAAGCAUGAACUGCUCGUUUCAAGUCCUGCCUCAACAUCUCAAUUGGGAUUAGGUCUGGACUUUGACUAGGCCAUUCCAAAACAUCAAAUUUGUUGCUUUUUAGCAAUUUUCAUGUAGACUUGAUUUGUGUGUUUUGGAUCAUUGUCUUGCUGCAUGACCCAGCUGCGCUUCAGCUUCAGCUCACAGACGGAUGGUCUGACAUUCUCCUGUAGAAUUCUCUGAUACAGAGCAAAAUUCAUGGUUCCUUCUAUUAAGGCAAGUCGUCCAGGUCCUGAGGCAGCAAAGCAUCCCCAAACCAUCACACCACCACCACGCUUGACCUUUGGUAUGAUGUUCUUACUGUGGAAUGCAGAGUUUGGUUUUCGCCAGACAUUACUGGAACCAUGUCGUCCAAAAAGUUAUACUUUUGAAUCAUCUGUCCAUAGAACGUUCUUCCAAGAGUCUUGAUGAUCAUCCAGGUGCUUUUUGGCAAACUUGAGUCAACUUUUUGGAUGAGAUGGGUCCCAUUUAUGUCUGGCGAAAACCAAACUCUGCAUUCCACAGUAAGAACAUCAUACGAAAGGUCAAGCAUGGUGGUGUGAUGGUUUGGGGAUGCUUUGCUGCCUCAGGACCUGGACGACUUGCCUUAAUAGAAGGAACCAUGAAUUUUGCUCUGUAUCAGAGAAUUCUACAGGAGAAUGUCAGACCAUCCGUCUGUGAGCUGAAACUGAAGCGCAGCUGGGUCAUGCAGCAAGACAAUGAUCCAAAACACACAAUCAAGUCUACAUGAAAAUUGCUAAAAAGCAACAAAUUCGAGGUUUUGGCAUGGCCUAGUCAACGUCCAGACCUAAUCCCAAUUGAGAUGUUGUGGCAGGACUUGAAACAAGCAGUUCAUGCUUGAAAACUCACACGUCACUGAGUUAAAGCAGUUCUGCAUGGAAGAGUGGGCCAAAAUUCCUCCACAGCGACGUGAGAGACUGAUCAACAACUACAGGAAGCAUUUGGUUGGAGUCAUUGCAGCUAAAGGUGGCACAACCAGUUAUUGAGUGUAAGGGGGCAAUUACUUUUUCACACAGGGGAAUUGGGUGUUGCAUAACUUUAUGAAAUAAAUCAAAUAAAUAUGUAAUUGUUGUUAUUUGUUCACUUAUGUUCCCUUUAUCUAAUAUUAGGUUUUGGUUGAAGAUCUGAACAUUCAGUAUCACAAAUAUGCAAAAGUAGAGAAAAUUUGAAAGGGGGCAAAUACUUUUUCACAGCACUGUGUGUAUGUAUGUAUGUAUAUCUAUCUAUCUCGCUCUGGAUAAGAGCGUCUUCUAAAUGAGUUAAAUGUAUAUGUGUAUUUAUAGAUAGAUAUAUGGAUAUGUGUAUGUAUGUGUAUAUAUAGAUAGAUAGAUAGAUAUAGAUGUGUGUGUGUGUGUGUGUGUGUGUAUGUAUAUUUGUGUGUGUGUAUCUACCUCACGUGGUCUGGAAAUAGCCCUGGCCCUGACCCUAGCUAUCCUUAGUCUGUGGAUCUAACUUAUUUUAUCUUUUGUAAUGGCAGAGGACAUUAUUACCUGGCUGAAGAGCUUUGACAUGCCUCUGGAGGUGAUCAGCGCCAGUGUGGAGACUCUGUGUCGACUGGGCAAGGCGGAGGCAGUCAGUGACACACAGGUAGUUUUUGUGUGUGCGAGUCUGAGAAAAUGUUGAGGCCUAGGCCCAGAUAUUUGAAUAAAUCCCAAGAACUCAAUUCCAAUAUUUAAUUUGGAGUGUAUUAGCUAACCAGAAGUUGAAUUAUGCUUUGCAGACAUUCCUUAACCAACACUGUGGAGAACUAGUCUCGGUCUGCGAGGCGUAUCUUUCCGGCGUCAUCCUGAAUGAAAAAGGAGCACAGAACUUCAAUGAGGAUUUGGUGGUGAGAGGAAUUAACGUCUAAACAGAAUCACUCAUUGACAGGUCCUUUGAAUACUAUUGCAAAGCAAAUGUAAACCGGAUCUUUUGCAUAUUAACUGGGCUUCAUUGGGGUCAUCUUGCCCAUCUAUCUACCAAUUCAAUUUUUUCCCCUGUCAGGUAAAGCACCUGUACACACUAGGCGUGGCGUCGCUGCAUUGUCCCUCCAAAGUGGGCAAGCGCAUCGUGCUCCUGGUCCAGUCUGUCCUCACCUCCAGCGUGGAACAACAGUCAGGUAUUUGAAUACAUUAUUCAGAGAAUAUUAGAAUGUUACGGAGCCCUUAAGUGGCAGCAGGGGGGAAAACCUUGGUAAAAUCAUCUGUUGCACAGUAUCUUUGGUCACAUUGAAUUUAUCAGUCUUAAGCAUUGUUCUUCUGGUCCAUUCACAACUAUGUCGAAUGUUUCUUUCUACUGUACAUGUUUUGUGUGCUUCGUGUUCUAACAGAGGGGUCAGAGGAGCUGGCCGGCUCCCAGCCUCUGUCUCAGUUUAAGGCCUCCUCCAUGCCCAGCAGCGUCCGGGCUCAUGCUGUCAUCACUCUAGGUAUGAUCUCACCUCAGACCACCUCCCUGGAAAUGAAUGUAUUUUUAGCUGAGACACUGUCCAGAAAAAAAACUUUGCCCCUACACCAUUGUGUAAUAGAUAUAUGGUAGUAGAGUAUGGGCCUGAGGGCACACACUGAAUGUGUUGUAAUGUUUUUAAAAUUGUAUAACUGCCUUAAUUUAGCUGGACCCCAGGAAGAGUAACUGAUGCCUUGGCAGCAACAAAUGGGGAUCCAUAAUAAAUACAAAUACCAUAAGCACUCAGCUCCAAAAAUAACUGGAUAGCUAACUCUCCACCCCUCCCAUCUCCCUCCAGGUAAGCUGUGCCUGCAGCACGAGGAGCUGACCCGCAAGUACCUGCCGGCGUUCGCCCGCGAACUGGAGCUGUGCAGCGAGCUGGCGGUGCGCAGUAACGUGGUGGUGGUCAUGUGUGACCUGUGCGUGCGCUACACCAACAUGGUGGACCGCUACGUUCCUAACGUGUCGGCCUGUCUCCGCGAUAAGGAGCCGCUCAUCCGCAAGCAGACCCUCACCAUGCUCACUAACCUGCUGCAGGUAGGACUCAGAUACGCUACAGACAGCGCCCUCUGCUGUACCGGUUGUGGCCGGAGGACAAUAAACGGACUGAAAAUGAAGUGCUACUAUGGCUUGAUUGUGAUGAUUUAAAAUGUAUCAAUCUUCUUGAAAAUGACUAUUCCCUCCUAAAUGUUGUUCUCAGUCGCUGUAACCCUGGAAAUAUAUAUACUUGGAAUUCCUAAAUUCAGGUUGCCAAAGCCACAAUGUAAAAGUUUUUCCUCAAUAAACCCGUCACUGUCAGGAAGCGGGUAAAGAAUGAUGAAUAGUUUCUGUUGCUGUUUGUAGGAGGAGUUUGUCAAAUGGAAGGGCUCGCUGUUCUUCCGUUUCAUUGCAGUGCUGGUGGAUUCUGAUCCUACCAUUGCUAGGUAAGUGGUGAUCAUUCAUAUGUAUGCUGUCACCAGUUCCAAUGCACUCAUUACAAAAAGCAACAAAUGAACAUAAAGCUGAGGGAACUGGUAAAUGAAUCCCAUCGCAUAUUUAUUUCCAUUCCAGUCUGUGUGAGUACUGCCUGGUUCACCUCUUGCUCAAGAAGAACCCAGUGAUGUUCUCGCAGCACUUAAUCGAGUGCAUCUUCCACUUCAACUCCUAUGAGAAACACAAGACCUACAACAAAUUCCCUCAAACGGCCAGGUACAAUUAUGCUCCUAUUUUGGGCUAAAAGUAGUUUUAUAUUGGCUACCAAUUACUUUCUACGAGGAAGGUGAUGAGGACUAUUCUAAAUCAGUGAUUCUGAACUUGCACUUUUUGGGAUAUUGCUGAUCAGCCCCUCAGAUGGUAAGAUGGUCACAACGAGACAUUUGCACAGUAAAAAUGCUUUAUAAUCAGUGUAUGAGUAGUAUUGGACUUGUUCUUUACUGUUGUAGUGUGAUUGUGAACUAGCUAGACUAUUGAACUGGCAAUUCUAUUCGAGCAAUUGUGUGAAAUGGAAAUGUGUGCCAUGUGUUACAAUGGACUUACGGGUGUCAUUUUCGAUAGCAAUUAUGAAGUUUGCCAGUCCCUAGUCCAUUACAGGUUGGGAAACACUAGUAAAUGUCUGUUUGUUUCCUAGUGAGAAGGCUAAGUUCUCCUUGAAAGGAGCCCAGAACAAAGAGAGGAGGUUCAGGAUCUAUAGGUUCCUGCUGGAGCACUUCACAGACGCCCAGCGCUUUAACAUCACCAUCAAGAUCAGCCAGAACAUCCUUGGUAAGAGCUCCAAGAAAACUGUUCUACAUUGAAAUUACAUUUACUCUUCAAAUGUAUGCACCUCUGUCUCUCUUGCUCAUAUGCUCUCUUUGCCUCUCCCUCUCUUUCGCUGUGUCUCUGCCUCCACCCAUCCCCCUCAGCGUGCUUCGUGGAUGGGGAGCUGCCUCUGGACGGUGACGGGGCGGCAGUGCUGGCUGAGACAUUUGGGAUCCUCAGCCUCAAGGAGAUCAAGCUGUCAGCGCUGAGCGGGGCGGCGGGGGCUGGUGGCGACGAGCCGCAGGAGGACGAGCAGAUGGCCAUGGCGAAGGCCGUCAUGCAGGUGGCCCAGAAGAAAGUGGUCUCACAGGUAUGUUGAGCUUUGAAUAAUGGUAUUAGUAAAAAUAAAUGAUGAAAAGGGGGGCCGGGACUCAUUGGAUUUGGUUGCAAUUGAAGCUUUGUUUAAUUCUUUACUUUUACAAGCAACACAUCUUAAUAGGACACACAAUGUUGUAUUAUAAAACAAUUGUAGUAGUACUGAUAAUAUUGAUGAUGUCACUAUUUAGCAGUCAUUUAUAUCCGAAGUGACUUGGAAUAAACAUGUAUUUGUCCCACACUACUUAAACCUACAAAUGUUGUGUUCCAAGCCACUAGAGGGUGCCAACGGCUAACGAACAAACCUCAUCCAUCCACCCACAGGUCCAGAAGAAAGUGUUCAUCGAGAGCAUGAUUCCCAUCAUCAUUAAUCUGAAGAGCAUGCUGGAACAGAAGCGCUCGCCAGUCCUGAAGGACCUCAUGGGCUACCUCCAGGUAAGGCAGAGAGGGAAGACAGCCAUCAUCAUGACAUCACGUCCGGAGUUUCCCAGUCAAAACUGUUCGCUGCUCUGGCACCCCAAUGGUGGAACAAGCUCCCUCACGACGCCAGGACAGCGGAGUCACUCACCACCUUCCGGAGACAUUUGAAACCCCACCUCUUUAAGGAAUACCUGGGAUAGGAUAAAGUAAUCCUUCUACCCCCCCCCCCCCCCCCCAAAAAAAAAUAAUAUAAAUAAAUAAAUAAAUACAUUUUAUUGUAAAGUGGUUAACCCACUGGCUAUAGGGUGAAUGCACCAAUUUGUAAGUCGCUCUGGAUAAGAGCGUCUGCUAAAUGACUUAAAUGUAAAUGUAAUUGUCAAGUAUAAUGUAUGAUAGCGCCCUUAGAAAUUUAGAAAUGUAAAAUAAAUUAAAACAACAUAGACAUUUUGAAAAUAUAUUUAAUAACUUAGGACUGAGCACAGUUUGCCAUUCAAGAUGUAUCCCAUAACAAUGUUUGUAGCCACCAGGAUAGUGAAUACUGUGGAGGAGGGCUCUUCUGAUUCCAACGCUACAUUGGAGUCAUUCAAUGUCCCUUUUGAUUAGCUGAGGUGAUUUGGUCAAGUGUGAAACGCUCUUAUCUAGAAACAUUUGAUAUUUGAUUGCGAAACAGUUUUGGUAACCUUGAACACUUAACUUAAUAUAAUAAUGAUCCAAAAAUAACUUUACAAAUACUAAAGAUACACUUACUGUUAGCUGUUUUACCACAGAUUUCCAGUUUUUUUUGUCGAACACCACUUUGAGCCAACGUUUUUGUGUUCUCUCCGGAGUUUCCGUUAGCUCAGGAAGUGUCAUAGUUCAGGUAAAUGUGCAACUAGGGAUGUUAACCGUUAAGCGGUAAGCUACUAAAAAUACAUUUGACUGGUCAUACUUAAGUCUGUAGGUUAAUUAGCAUAAUUUAGUGGAAUUAAAUUGGCACGUGUAUUUUCUGUCCCGAGAGCAGCUCCUCAAAAAGCUGGUACUGGAGUGAAACAUACUUUUAUACGCACAGUCAUUACGCAACAAAUAACAAUUCUAAAUGCAAUCACGUGUUAACUGUUUUGAUGGCCACGAUUUAAAGAGCUCCUUUUUUUUUCUCAAUUUAUAAUUAAAGAGCGCCUCCCAUUCGAGUGCGUAGGCUACAGUCAACGGUAGGCAGGCUAUCAGCGCAUCACCCACCACUUUGCAAUGUGAGCUUGAGGCAGUAUCAUUGUUUGAAACCUGAACGUUUAACUUUACAUCAAACAAGCAGUAUUGGAAAAACAUGCCCUAACACUAUUGCCUCUGAAUGCAACGCUUACCCCAAAAGUUUGCAGAAAACAUUGAAAGGAGCUGACACAAAGGAGUCUGUGCCUGUGCUAGCAGUUAGCAAGCAUGCACAAACAUGUAAACACAGGCCACCAAGGAGAGUACCAUCUGUAGCUCUUCAACUUCAGAGAUGGACUCUGGUGCAGAACCUAACAAUUUGCUCCCGCCUACCAUAAAGCCAGUGGUGAAGCAGAGGCCGGUCAGAGGGCUGUUGUAAACUAGAGAAGACAGACAUUGGUUUUCAUAUCAAGUUUAUUUUGUUGUCCAGAAGCCAAAGGCACAAUCCUAGUCAUAUUAGAAACUAAUCCUAGUUGUUUCUAACAGAGAUUUUCAUCUCUGUCACAUAUGGAACCGCUCGCAUUAAGUACGCUGUUUUGCAUUUUUGCAAAUGUUUUAUUAGUUGCUUAAUUACAGGAGUUGCGUGUUCAAUAAUAGCUUUUUGACUGUAAGACGAUAGGCUUUCUAUUGUUGCAUCUUGAUGAAAAAUGUCCCAUGCAUGCAUGCAUAGUAUUUUAUGUUGGUCAUGGCAUUUUACUGUUUGGAACCAAUUUUGUUGACCGGUUAAUGAGGGUCUGUUAGUAGGCAGCCAAAUUUACUAAAAUGUGCAUCUAUGUGCAACACAAAACACCUUGUGGAAAUCUGUGUUAAAGUGGCACACAGUAAGUGGAUCUUCUGUAUUUGUGAAAUUAUUUUGGGUUGAUAUGAAGUUUCGGAGGUUUCCAAAACCAUAUUGCACGGAAUGAUUAUUAACGGUUAGACAGGGUGUCGGGACUAUUGUUCACAUUGGCUGCGCUGUAGUCAAUGGUUCGAAUGAAUACCCAAUGGCUGUAUGACCCCUUGGGUUCUCAAGCUAGUCUUAUCCUAGAUCUGUUCUUAAGGGGAUACAACACUUCUCCCUGCUGUCUAGCUGACCAUGCAGGACUACCGCAGUGAGGUGAAGGAGUUCUUUGCGGCGGACGAGCAGCUUGCGGUAGAGCUGGAGUACAACCUGAAGAUGUAUGAGGAGAAGGAGAAGGAGCAGGAGAUGAAGGCCCACUGUUCCCUGGGAGAGGAUGCUGCCUCUGGGGGCACGCCGGUGAGCACUAGGCCUAGUAAUGGAGGGAGGGCUUUGAAGAUAGGAGUACUUUAUUACAGCCCUUACUCUUUGCUGCUAACAGCCUGAAUAGCAAUCCAUCAGGAGCCCUGCUGCUAAUGAAGGCAUCAAGGGACGAUUCCUAACUUCCACUUAAGUCAAAAUCUCACUUGCAUUGAUGUCAAUAGGUGAAGAUUCUAUUUAAGUGGAAGUUAGGAUUCUUUCCCAAGAUGGCAGCAACAAUAACUCAUAAACAUACAUAUUUUGGGUCAAAUACGGAAGUAUCUGUUCCUGUUAUUACAAAAUAAUUUAGAUGGAUACUGUAUCUGGCUGUAAAAAAUAGAAUAUGUCUGACUCAAUGUCAGUUGGCUACAUAUCCCAUACAUACUCUCAUAAUUGACUCCUCCACCAUACCUCCCCCUCCCUGUCUCUCAGAUCCUGGGCUCACCUGCCGCUGCCCACAGGUUCCUCCAGACGGGCUUUGCCACGCCCCAGCCCGUCGUCCCCAGCCACCGAGUCCUGCUCACCCCAAGACUUGCCCAGUCAGACAGGUACAGCUCCUAGCUGCAUACAUGCACAAUGCUUUCAUACCUAUCUACCAGGGUUUCUGUUAUGAAAAUUUGGCUCAUGACAAGAUUUGUAUUUAUCGGACAUAUGAGAUAUGUACCUGUCAUCCAUAUGUAUUAGGGCGUCCACCCACGCAGCCAGCACCAUCAAUAAACAAGGGAUAUUGGCCAUAUUUACAUGAGCCACAUUUACGUGUCCUUAAAAAUGGCCUAUGACAAAUACACACUAUUCCUUGUGUUUCGAUGUGUCGCAUAUGCAAAACUUUAUAGCCUAUUGUUUUAUUGGUUUUUACUUUCCUAAAACAGUAAUUGUCCACAUCACAGUUCAGCUGUCUGAGAUUUGAGCACUAAAUGCAUCAGGGCAUUGCAUGCAUAGGUUUAGGUGUCCACUGUAUAUUAUUACAAAAAUAAAUUUAAAGGAAGAGAAGCUUAGGCCUAGCCCCAGAGAGGGACAGAUGGAGAUUUGCCGGCGGCUUGCUACAACACCGACAUGCAUAUAUCUAUACAGAUAUAGGUGUACAGAAGGAAGCUAAUUCGUGAAUUUAUCUGAAUAUUUGUUUUAAAGAUAAGCAUUAUGUUAGAUUAUAAGAGUGACACUGGUAGUCCUUAAACAUUCUUCCUCACCUCAAGUUCAACUGGUGGAGUCCGUUGGAGCGCUGGUGUGCACUGCCUUCAUAUCAUAGGCCUGCAGUAUAAUAGGCCACUCCAAACCUUCACAAAAGUUUCUAAACUUUAUUAGGGUAAUAUCAAAAGUAUCUCAAGCCGGGCCGGUCCUUGCCGUUCUGCCACCAUAGGCAAAACACAAAAAUGCUGCCCCCGCAAAACUAGAUUAGUCCCAGUAAGCAAAAUGACAUUGAAAAGAUGUCUAAAAUGUAUUUUCCAGAUGUUGAAAUCAGGUUCAUUUUUGGUUCUGAAUGAAAGUUGAAAAUAAGUAAUUUAUAGACGUCUAUGUUUGGGCCAAAUCAAAGCUGGUCCAAACUGGACCAAAUCUGAACCAAACAGAGACGUCUAUGAUUGGUUCAGAUUUGGUCCGGACCGGACCAAAAACCAAUGUCCAUGGAUGUGGAAAUCAAGGCCGGUCCGGAACUGCACCAUAAAAAGACGUCCAGUCGGCGUCGGUCCGUGCUCACUGGUGUAGCCUACAGUGUUGUCUGGAAUUGCAUUUUUCUACCGUUUGGAAAACACCAAAAAAACGAUGUCCGGACAGAACCAAAAAAAUACGUCCAAAAAAGUCUGCUUGUGCUUACUGGGGUAUAGCCUACCAUGUCCGCCUGCAAUGGAAUUUUAUGAAUGCUCAUCCAUGUGCUAGGCCCACCAUUUGUAAAACAGGCCAUUGCGUUGGCUUUAUUUGUCCUGAUUCCUGUGACUAAUCAAUUUGGCUAUUUAUGGUUUGAAUAUAAGCUACCCAACUUUAUCAGGAGUUAAGCCAGACAAAAUUGAUUCACUGUUUACGUAAAAAUAUUAAGUGGAUAAGGAAUAACAGUACUUUACCACAUUGUCCUAGACACUUGUGCAGGCUCUAGGCCUAAUGUGAGCUUCAAGAGUUAUAUUGUUCCAUGCAAAAACCUACACUAUUUUUCUUUAAAAUAAUGCAGAUGUUACAAUGUUGUUAUAACCAUGUGAAAUGAAACACAAUGGGAAGUAUAAAUUGUGACCGUUGCUUUAUUCCUGGGGGAAAAAAAGAAUCGGAUAAAAAUCAAGAACAGACACCUUAACUAAAGUUGGCCGUGUGCAGUAGAUCACCUACUGGGUGUCAACAAACAAUGGCGAUUCAACAUGUAGAAUCGUCUGGAAAUGAAAAUGACGGCCAAUGUUCUGUGGUCAGAGGCAAUAGCACAAUCGCCUGCUGCUUUUUACUGUUCAACAGCACGGUCUGUUUUGUCCUUUCUUUGUUGUUUAUUCUGGUCUCUAGGGUGUUCAUUUCUGUUUAAGGUUUAUUGGAGCUCUCGUAAUGAACUGCUUUCCUUCUUGCUUACACACUGGGCACAUUGGCCUGACAUGUUGGAAUUGUUGUUUGAGCUUCACCACCUCUUCCCCCUCAAGAACAUCUGGACAUCCACAAUGGACACACACAUCUGGGAAUGACACUGUGAUUGCUGAGUAAUACUGCGUCUCCACUUGCAUUCCACAGGUUAGCCCCUUGAAAGCAACUACCUGCUCAUGAUAUGGAUUGUCUUCUUGGAAAAGCUCUGAACCACAUGCAAAAGUGUUCUCAUCCCGAAUGCAUUGGACUGCUUUCUGUUCUUUAGACAGCUUGCUUUUGGCAUACAAGCACCUUGGUUUCUCACAUUCAACACAGUUGAUUGUCGCUCUCACCUUUGCACUGACCAUGUCAGCACUCCUCUUUACAUUUUCUAUAUUUGGUGUCAGAGAAGGCCUAUCCUUGUCAGUGGUGUCCAAGCUGUACAGAUCAUCAAAUUUCUGGUACUCACGUCUGUCUGCUGUCAAUGUUGCGAUCAGGCACAAACCUUCAUUUCUUAAAUUGUUCUUCUGGCUAGCGUGGAGGACCCAGCAUGGAUCUUCUCCCUUGCAUUUCUUAUUAUUAUUAUUCUUAUUCUUCUUAUUAUUAUUCUUAAUACACAAAUUAACAUUAAUGAACAUUAUUCACAUAUGAUGUAUAAUAUAAGGCAAUAUUCUAUCAUAUUCAAAAAUUAUUGGGGAAAAAAGUAAUGCAGGAAUGUAUUCAGUUCAUUCAUCUACUUAAUGGUAUAGCUUAACAAGGCUUUAACAAAUUAAGACCAUACAAAUAUAAAGGCCUAUCAUAGACUACCCUUUCUAGGAGAAAUAUGCUAUUGUUAAUGAAGGGCAAUCCUUCGAAUUAGGUCAAAUGAAUGUAACACUGGAAAAAGUGCAAUCCAAUCUCGUAAUUUAAUGUGAUUUAUAGGGUAAUAGAGUAGACUAUAAAAAAAUAUAUCUACAUCUAAUUCAAGAAUAACUGACAAUAAAUAAUUGUAAUAAAAUUCAAAAGAUCUGAGCGUGUGAUCUGACGCUGUUUGGUCUCUUGCACAUCAACUUGGGAAAGCCUCAAGGAAGAGCGGACAGUGCAUUAUAAACAAAGUGCUGCAUUUAUUGCCCAAAAAAAUAACAUCUGAUUUGUUUAUUUUUUGGGGAAAAGUAAUGCAGGGCUUCCGUUAAACAGUAAUUCAUCUUUGUCCGGCCUUAUCGUGAGCCUAUUUGCAAUGUGUUUACACAGCGGGAAAUGCAGAAGUAUUCUCUUUUUCGCAAUGAUCAGCUUGUCAAAAAUGAAUGGAUACAAACUUGAAGCCACUGGUCAACCCUCCCCUAACCCGGACAACGCUGGGCCAAUUGUGCGCCACCAUAUGGGACUCCCGGUCAUGGCCGGUUGUGACAGCCUGGAAUCGAACCCCAGGCUGUAGUGACGCCACAACACUGCGAUGCAGUUCCUUAGACCGCUGCACCACUCGGGAGGCCGUUAGAUAUUUUAUUUUAACGGAACGUUGGAGUGCUUCAGAGAUGCAUCUCUCCAACAGCACCCUGGAGAGGCGCACUGGGAAUGGACAAGCAAAAUAUUUUGCGCCUUUGACAAAGUGGCACUGCUUAUCAAAGGGCGGCAUCAGCGCUCACCUAAAAAGCUCAUAUGCCAAUUGUCAUUGUUUUUGGGCAGAAUUAUGUGAGGUUGUAUGUGUUGUUGGUGUGUCUUGGCAAGUUUAGCUCAGAAAAUGCCGCCCUCGUCAAUCUGCCGCCAUAGGCGGACGCCUAAUCCUGCCUAAUGAGCGUGCCGGCCGUCAAGUCCUUCUUUAUAGGGGAAAUACAAGCAGGAUAUUAUAUUGCGGCAGUUGGAACUUAAAAUGGCUCAACAAUAUGAAACAAAACACUUGUGAAAUGGUUUAAACCUUCACAAAAGUUUUAAAUAGGCUAUAUUGCAGCAAUUACCAGGAAGUGCCUAACGUUACCGUACCCAACAAAUGACAACAAUAGGCUGAUGAUAUUUCAUAAAUAGGCCUACAAUAAUGAUAUACUACAAUAAUUAUAAAACAAAUGAUUAUAAAUACAAAAAAAGUAUCUACCUGAAUAGUGAGUUGCACAGUAGCCUGCCUUUGGCCACACCAAUGUUCUUCUCAUCUUUGUCCACUACAAUAUUAAAGUGCCAUAUGGAGGACAUCCCCCUUGUAGGCUUUUUACUAUAGGCAUAUUCCAGGGUUUCCAUUAGGAAAAUGUGGCGCCGGACAUUUUGACCAACAUUUUAAAUUACCGGACAUUUGAUAAAUGUACCUGAUCCAUAUGCAUUGGGUGCGUAACCUGAUUAGGGUGUCUACACACGGUGCGCAGAAUGACCGAGAUCACAUUUAGAAUAUGGUAAUUCAUAUUACCAGAACAUGCAAGUUGAGGAUGCAACGAUGUGCAGUCCUUACCGAAUUCUGAUGUACGCUUUGAACAUGUUAUUGAAUGGAAUUUAAUGGAAUUUAUUUAGGUAAACAGACAUGUACAACAAAAUGUACAAUGUGGACCCAGAGGAUAUCACUUGAAAGUAUUCAUUAAAACGUUUGUUUCCAAAGUGGUCCUCGGUGGUAAAAACAAUAACACAUAUAAUGAUUAAAAGGCAAGACAAAAUUACAAACAACCAUAAAUACAUAUAUUUAAAUUGCACUUUUCCCUAACCUUAAAAAUCAUCCAUAUUAAUUUCACAUUAUAAAAUCUAUUCAUUGCACAGCAUACCUAACAUUCAAAUAAAUACACCUGACCAGCAGUAGGGGGCACAAGGGGCAGUGGAGUGGUUUCUCUUACUUAGACAAACUGAAAAACCUUUGCCUGCUUUUUAAAGCUAUUUCUACUUUUUCUUUGCUUGAUCUCCAAGGGGAGGCUUGGAGAGACUCUUGUCUAGACAAAUGCCUGUAUAGAAAAACGUGCUCCUCGCAAUACUGUUUACUCUUGGGAUUUUACAAGACAUAACACUAGCUCUGGUAUUGGAACAUUUUAGUCAUUUAGCAGACGCUCUUAUCCAGAGCGACUAACAGUUAGUGAGUGCAUUCAUUAUUUUUUAUAUAUAUUUUUUUCAUACUGUCCCCCCGUGGGAAUCGAACCCACAACCCUGGCGUUGCAAACGCCAUGCUCUACCAACUGAGCUACAUCCCUGCCGGCCAUUCCCUCCCCUGCCCUGGACGACGCUGGGCCAAUUGUGCGCCGUCGCAGGGAUGUAGAUCAGUUGGUAGAGCAUGGCGUUUGCAACGCCAGGGUUGUGGGUUCGAUUCCCACGGGGGUAUGAAAAAAAUAAAUGUAAGUCACUCUGGAUAAGAGCGUCUGCUAAAUGACGUAAAUGUAAAUGUAAUAACAUUAUUUUGCAUGACCUGCAUUCUCUUUUUCAAUUUUUUUGAUAGCCCACUACACCAAGCAGAGCAGGCAUAAUCAAAAUGACACUGAAUCAAGGUUGAGACAAGCAGUUUCUUAACUUUGAUGUUAAAAUAUCUAGUGUUACGAUAUAACAAUUUCAAUUUGUUUGCCAUUUUAGAAAUAAUUUUCAAAGCAUUCAGGUCUCCAGAAAGGGAUUGAUCUAGGGACACACCAAUAUUUACAUUUUAGUCAUUUAGCAGACGCUCUUAUCCAGAGCGACAUACAGUUAGUGUGUGCAUACAUUUUCAUACUUACACUUGUUUUAGAUUCAAUCUCCUUGCCUGCACAGUUAACCUUUAUCUUGUCAGCCCUAAGCAAUCUAUGUUUUGUUCCAAACAAAAUCGAUUCAGUUUUUCCCAAAUGUAGCGACAAUUUGUUGUCAGUCAACCAAUGUCCAACAAAAUGCAAUUCCUUACUCAGGGUCUCCUCUAUGUAAACUGUAUCCUUCCCUGAUACCAGUAUGGCUGAGUCAUCAGCAUAAAGCAGGAGUUUGCACUUUACUGUAUCUGGCAUAUCAUUUAACGUAUAUAAGAAAUAAGAGGCCCUAAAAUUGAUCCCUGCGGUACUCCACAGGAUAUUUCUUUGGCCUCUGACAGAACAUCACCAACGUUACAUACUUGUGUUCUGUUGGUCAGAUAAGACCUAAACCAAUUCUGUGUUGCAUCAUUUAGACCCAUGCAUUUCAGUUUCAUCAGGAGAAUAUCAUGGUCCACAGUGUCAAACUUUCUGCAAGUCUAACAUGACCAUACCUGUAUUGUUCCUCUUCUCACUUUCCCGCUUGAUAUGCUCAAAAAGGUGGAUAAGGCAAGUAUCAGUGGAAUGAGCUGUUUGUGCUCGAAGGUAUCCCUCAAGUUGAUUAAAAACUAAUCUCUCAACAACUUUGGAUAAGGUGCUGAGGAUCAACACAGGCCUGUAGUUUCCUACAUUUUUUUUUUUUUACUACUCUUCUUGUGGAGCGGAACCACCUGGGCUGUUUUGAAAUCAUUUGGAAAUGUACCACUACUAAUAGAAAGGUUUACAAUAUGCGUUAUCAUUUUAGCAGUGACACAAGCACUAUCCUUUAUGAAUUUUGCAGGAAGGUUAUCCAGCCCAGUUGCUUUGUUUGUGCUCAUUAAGCACAGUACAGUCGUGGUCAAAAGUUUUGAGAAUGACACAAGUGUUGGUCUUCACAAAGUUUGCUGCUUCAGUGUUUUUAGAUAUUUUUGUCAGAUGUUACUAUGGUAUAAUUACAAGCAUUCCAUAAGUGUCAAAGGCUUUUAUUGACAAUUACAUUAAGUUUAUGCAAAGAUUCAAUAUUUGCAGUGUUGACCCUUCUUUUUCAAGACCUCUGCAAUCCGCCCUGGCAUGCUGUCAAUUAACUUCUGGGCCACAUCCUGACUGAUGGCAGCCCAUUCUUGCAUAAUCAAUGCUUGGAGUUUGUCAGAAUUUGUGGGGUUUUGUUUGUCCACCCGCCUCUUGAGGAUUGACCACAAGUUCUCAAUGGGAUUAAGGUCUGGGGAGUUUCCUGGCCAUGUUCCCCGAGCCACUUAGUUAUCACUUUUGCCUUAUGGAAAGGUGCUCCAUCAUGCUGGAAAAGGCAUUGUUCGUCCCCAAACUGUUAUUGGAUGGUUGGGAGAAGUUGCUCUCGGAGGAUGUGUUGGUACCAUUCUUUAUUCAUUGCUGUGUUCUUAGGCAAAAUUGUGAGUGAGCCCACUCCCUUGGCUGAGAAGCAACCCCACAUAUGAAUAGUCUCAGGAUGCUUUACUGUUGACAUGACACAGGACUGAUGGUAGCGCUCACCUUGUCUUCUCCGGACAAGCCUUUUUCCGGAUGCCCCAAACAAUCAGAAAGGGGAUUCAUCAGAGAAAAGGACUUUACCCCAGUCCUCAGCAGUCCAAUCCCUGUACCUUUUGCAGAAUAUCAGUCUGUCCCUGAUGUUUUUCCUGGAGAGAAGUGGCUUCCUCGCUGCCCUUCUUGACACCAGGCCAUCCUCCAAAAGUCUUCGCCUCACUGUGCGUGCAGAUGCACUCACACCUGCCUGCUGCCAUUCCUGAGCAAGCUCUGCACUGGUGGUGCCCCGAUCCCGCAGCUGAAUCAACCUUAGGAGACGGUCCUGGCGCUUGCUGGACUUUCUUGGGCACCCUGAUGCCUUCUUCACAACAAUUGAACCUCUCUCCUUGAAGUUCUUGAUGAUCCGAUAAAUGGUUGAUUUAGGUGCAAUCUUACUAGCAGCAAUAUCCUUGUCUGUGAAGCCCUUUUUGUGCAAAGCAAUGAUGACGGCAUGUGUUUCCUUGCAGGUAACCAUGGUUAACAGAGGAAGAACAAUGAUAUCAAGCACCACCCUCCAUUUAAAGCUUCCAGUCUGAGUAAGAAUAACAAUCAGCAUGACAGAGUGAUCUCCAGCCUUGUCCUCAUCAACACUCUCACCUGUGUUAACGAGAGAAUCACUGACAUAAUGUCAGCUGGUCCUUUUGUGGCAGGGCUGAAAUGCAGUGGAAAUGUUUUGGGGGGGAUUACGUUCAUUUUCAUGGCAAAGAGGGGCUUUGCAAUUAAUUGCAAUUCAUCUGAUCAUGCUUCAUAACAUUCUGGAGUAUAUGCAAAUUGCCAUCAUAAAAACUGAGGCAGCAGACUUUGUGAAAAUUAAUAUUUGUGUCAUUCUCAAAACUUUUGACCACGACUGUAGAUUGGAAACGUUGUCCUCCGUUACCAUGCACAGCUCAAACAAAUUAUUUGUGAUACCUUUGCUAUGGUAAAAGUUCUUAAUGAAAGACAGGCCAUAGUGUCCAGAGCAGGUCGGUAACUUCUAAACCAGAGAUGAGGCUAUAGUGGUAAAAAAUUUGUUAAAGUAAUUUGCAACCUUUGCCUGGUCAUAGCAUAAAACAUCAUCAAUAUCCAGGCCAAUACUACAGGAUUUUACUUUAUGGGGAGUUUUUGAGCCAAUGUCCUUUAGAAAUGUCUACAGUUUACGAGGCUGAUGUAAGUUGUCAUUAACAGCAUCUAUGUAAUGUUGGGAUUUGGCCUUAUCCAUUUUGUAUCUUGCCUGGUUUCUACAGUUAAUAUAACCAUCAUAAUCUUGUUGUAGAUUUGUCCUUCUGAAUUUGUCCAGGUAGCGAUCCCUUUUCCUUAUGAGGUCUAAGAUCUCGGAAGUGAUCCAUUUCCCUGACCGCUGUUUGAUUCAAAUUUGUUUAAUUGGAGCCAGAGAGUCGAGUGCAGACAAACAGAUCUUUAAAAAGAUACCAAGCUUGAUCAAGAUCAUCACAGUUUAGUACAUGAGACCAAUCCAAAGUUCCAAGUUCUUCUAAAAAAAAAACGUUCCUUUGAGUAUUGUUUCAUAGACCGUACCUUCUUGUAGUUAUUACCUGGCUCAAGUGGCAUUUUGGAUUUCUUACGGGUACAGUAGGUUACCAUAUGAUCACUAAACCCAAUAUUUAAGACUCCUGACUGACCAGACGUUUUCUUGGUCUGAUACAAUAAUAAAAUCCAAAGUUGAUUUACUGUCAAUACACACCCGGGUUGGCUCAACAAUCAGUUGUUUUAGUCCAAAUAACGGAUUAAAGUUAUACAGGGCAUUUACUAAUGUACUUUUCUUGGGUGAUAACUGCACAUUUGUAUUAAAAUCGCCAAGCAGAAUACAUUGUAACUGUCCACAUUUACUUACCUCAGCCAACAAGACGAGUAACGAACAGCAAAAUCACUAGCCUGGCAGUCUACUAUAGUAAAAAAGUUUAGGCUACCUAUUCUAUUGGUCAGCUUGUCGAUAAAGAAAUAGCCUAUUCCAAACACUCUGGGACAGUUGUGGGACGAUGGAUCCCAAAUUCAUACAACCAGUAGGCCUAGGCUACAUGAGUCUGAUGCAACAGUUCAAAAUGUUUAGUUGAUAAACUAUUAUUUAUUCACAUUAUAAGCGCAGCAAUGCGCACAACACAGUAGGCUACACAUGAAUGUUCCAUAAUGCUAAAGGCCACUGCACAUGUUAGUGGUUUCAUGUGACAGAUGAAAUUAUCUGUUAGAAAUGUAGAAAGGGAGGAGAUCUAAUAGGCUACUUUGAAGCAAGGUAAGACAUGCGUCAUAUGUACUAAAGCGUUCAGGUUUCAAACAAGUAUACUGUAUGUUUUCAAAAUGCAUACUGCCUUCGGCUCAUUGCAAAAUGGUGUGUGACGCACUGAUAAAGCCUGCCUUCCGUUGCCUUUUGAUGCCGCGUUCAAAACAACUGGGGACUCGGAAAUCUCUGACUUCCAACUUCAGUGCGUUCGAGGCAACUGGGGGGAAAAAACAAGCUCCGACUAGGAACUUGGGCCUCUUUCAAGAGCUCUGACUUUCCGACCUGAAGAUCACUGAAGUCAUGAUUUGACCUCGUAUUUUCCAGAGUUCACAUUUGUCUUGAAAGCACCACAAGAUGCUGCUGCUGCAGCAGCAGCUCUUGUGCUGUCAGACAGAUUUUCCACUCAAAGGCUCUGUAUCUGUAUAAAUUAUGCUAAUUAACCUAUAGACCGAUAAGCAUGACCAGUCAAAUGUAUUUACAUCAACUGGUAUUUCCAUCAAUUUAAUAAGUAUUAUUUCGCAAUGGGAUUUUUUUCUUCUUCUCCCGGCCAAUGUCCGGUGCCAAUUUUAUUUAUAACUUUUCUAUUUUCUUUAUUGGACAAAAGACUGCUAUUACCGCCUAACGGAAACCCUGGCAUACUCUAACUUUCAUUUUACUUCAAUGAAAAAGGCCUCCAUCUUUGCAAUCAACAGUAGCCCAAGGCUCCUCUCUCGCGCUCUCUCUCUCUGCUCAGCAGUAGGGGCAGGCACGUAAGGCAGCACGCAACAAUGCAUUAUUUAUUUUAUUGGCCAAAAGCCGGCAAUUACCGGCUAAUGGAAACCCUGCUACCUACCUACUGUACAUACAGUGCAUUCGGAAAGUGUUAAGACCUUGACUUUUUCCACAUUUUGUAAAGUUUCCCUUAUUAAAAAAUGUAUUACAUAAUUUUUUUCCCUCAAUCUAUACACAAUACCCCAUAAUGACGUUGAUAUUUCUACAACUUCAUUGGAAUCCACUUGUGGUAUAUUCAAUUGAUUUGGACAAGUUUCUCUGGUCUGACAAUUUCAUCCAUGUUAGAACAAGGCUGUAACGUAACAAAAUGUGGAAAAAGUCAAGGGGUCUGAAUACUUUCCGAAUGCACUGUACCUCCCUACCUACCGCCUUAAGGCUACUUAUACUUGCUGUGAAAAUCUUAGACCCAUUUUACAUCACAUUGAAUCCUCUGUAGUCUGUACUGCAAGGUGGGGUGAAGAUGUCUAGACACAUUCCAGUCCCAGAUUGAGCAAUUUCAAAUGGAGCUAUUAAAUGCGUAAUAAUCGAUUAGGUCCAAUGCAGCCAUUUAUUUUAUAUCAAUAUCAAAUCAUAUCUGGGUAACAAUUAAGUACAUUACUGUGAUUGUUUUCAAUUAAAAUGGUCGAAAAGAAACACUGCUUUUUAGCAAAGAGCAAUUUCUCAAUCAAGAAUACUGCUAAGAAUGUCUGGGAGGGGGGAUCUAAGUGGGGAGGUGAAAACGGAACUAGCUGUUAUUGGCAGAGGUUUGGAACUCUUUCUUAUUGGUUUAUUAAUUAAUUUACCGCCUGGUGAUGUCGCUAGGCAGGCCAAAACUCCAUCCCACCAAAACGGGCAGAAAUUUCAGGCGGCAUUAUAAUUUUCACAGUAUUAUUCCAACCUCAGUGUGGAAAUGUAUAUAAAACACAGGAAAAUCACGUUUUUGACUGCACUGGGCCUUUUGAUCUGGCACUAGAGGCAUUACUCCCAUCAUUAUUUUAUUUUUUUAGUCAUUUAGCAGACGCUCUUAUCCAGAGCGACUUACAGGAGCAGUUAGGGUUAAGUGCCUUCCUUGCUCAAGGGCACAUCGACAGAUUUUUACUUCAGCUACACCUAUAACCACAUUCUACUAUUACCACCACCACUAUGGGCACAUCUUGCUGCGAUGUGGAAUGGGAGAGCGUAAAUAAGCCUUGUGUCUCUGACUGGGUGUUGUGCUUGAACCCCAGGCGUCAGCCACCGCAGCAGAGGAGCGGGCCACACAGGAGCUGGGUCAAGGCGACCAGCGACAGAAACGUCACACCCCUGGAUGGAUCAGGUACAGCCGCCUUUCAUGACCGUACCGCUGACGAGACGGAUUUAGAUGGAGCUAGCCAACUCAGACAGACUUGGUGAGAUGUGAUUCCAUUUUUGACAGAUUUAUUUUUCUUGUGUUCCACUAUUACAGUGAAGCUGAAAGGAGGUGUCUGCGAUCGAGCUAUAAGCACCCCGCA